UGUUUCGUUGCUGUCGAGUCGAAAGAGGAAAGAGGAGCCGAGCAGAGAGGCAGCGCCGUUAACUACAUCUCAGCGCAGCAGUUCCUCCUUUCUUCACCUCCGCGUCAUGGUGGAUUGGAGAAAGUGGUCAGCGAAGAGAGACCAGAUUAAUCCCUUUUACGCCAGAUAAGGUCGUCGAGCGUUUUUCUGCCUCCCAGAACGGAUCUUUGAAGGCUUUUAUCAUGGAAGAUGGCGUUAAAGAAGAUCCAGCCAAGCCCAAAGAGGUGAAGAGCUCGGGCAAGGCCGGCUGGCUGAAGAAGUCCUCAGGGAAGUUCCUGGGCAGCUACAAGGACCGCUAUAUCCAGCUGGACAGAACAGAGAUCGCAGUGUACGACAAUGAGGACUUAAAGAACUGCUUAGAGCGAUUAGACCUGGAAGACUUCGACAAAUGCCACGAGUUACGCAGUAUCUUCAAGAAAAAAAACAGGCUGAUACUGAUAGGAGCGCAGAAGAGUGGGAGUAAGGUCUCUAGUGUCAAACUGCAGGCUGAAAGUCAGGAAGAGAAGGACGCUUGGAUCAAGGCACUCAGUGAUGGCAUUAACAGGGCAAAAAAUAAAAUCUUUGAUGAGGUAAAAGUAGAUGAAGGUCUCUCUUUGGAGCAUGUAACACGCUCUCGGCCAAAGGGAAACCGUGGUAGAAGACCACCAACCAGGAUACACAUGAAGGAGGCUGCAAAUGUCUCAUCGGAUGGAAUCCUGAGGCUGGACCUUGAUGGUGUCGACAGUACGCCUAAUGGAACACACAUCCCAACUGCUGAAGGGAGUGAGACUGCAAAGCCUGAAGCGACUCCAUUAAAGUCUUUAGACAACAUCCCAGAGGAAGCUGCAGCUGAGGAAUCUGAACCUCAGAAGAAAGUCGUGAAACCACCCAUGCCUCCUUCAAAAGAGAACAAACCCAGCGAAAGCCAGGAGAGUGAGGCCCCACAGAAGAAGGUUCUUACGCCACCAAUGCCACCAUCGAAGGAGAAGAAACCUUCCAAAAAUGUAGAAGAGGAAGAACCAAGUGAGGUGAUGCAGGAGAAGAAAGUCUUGAUGCCCCCCAUGCCUCCUUCAAAGGAGAACAAACCGACCAUUUCUGCCAAUGGGGAUGCCACUCGAGAGAAUGCCUCAGACAGUGGGGUGGAGUCUGGAGCAGCACCUUCUCCAAGCAAGUCAAGUCCAACUCCAGAAGAGACUGAUGAUACAGAGUCUCAUGAACCUGCCUCACCCAAGACCACCACCCAUCCUCCAACUCCACCAUCCAAAGACAAGAAACCCAGCCAGGCACCCAGCCAGGCACAAAGUCUUUCAGAAGACGAUGAUGUUGACGAUAAAGAUAAUAAAGACGAUAAAGAUGAUAAAGACGAUAAAGAUGAUAAAGAUGAUAAAGACGACAAAGAUGAUAAAGACGAUAAAGACGACAAAGAUGAUAAAGAUGAUAAAGAGGAUAAAGAUGAUAAAGACAGCAAAGACGAUGAGGAUGUGGAAGAUGACAGUGUUGACUCUCAGAAGGCAGCCGAAGAAGAAGAUAAGGUUAAGACAGAGGAUACUGCAUUCAUUCUCUCAAACAAUGUCCCGAAGCCUCAAGGAGUAUGUUGGGAUUCACCUAGUACAGCGUUGGAGAAAACCUCUGUUGAAGGAGAUGCUAACAAAUCUGCUGCCUUGGAUGUGACUCAAGCCAAAACUCCUGAACCUGCGAAACCUGCCAGUGAACUCAAAUUAACUCCACAUUCAACUCCAGAGACUGUUAAAAAGGCACCCCCUGCUCCACCCAAAAAGAAACCUCUGAAACCACCCAUCAAAACGGGAGACGGUGGUCCACAGAGUGUCCCUGCUGUCUCCGCCAGCAGCUCGCCUCCUACUACUGUCACAUCCUCAGUCUCUGAGAGUGAAAGUGUCCCUCAGAAUGAUAUGAAACCAGACACUCAGGAAGCCAAAGGUGAGAACAAGGUUGUCUUGCCUUCAUGUAAUCCAACUGAAGACGACAUCUCUGGGCCGGAAGUGGAAGUGGAAGAAAAGUCUGUAGACAGUGGCCAACUCUCGGCAGAGGAUUCCGAAAACGGUGACCAAGUAACUUCAUCUACAGACAAGCUAGAAGGUAGCCUCCAGGGUCUCGACGGAGAGAUCAGCGAAGAGGACUUAGAGUCCUGUGAUAGCAAGGCUCCAAGUGUGGAUGAGCCAUCCCCAGCGAUCCUAACUGUAACACCUAAAGUGGCUGUGGAGAGCUCCUCUACUAGCCCUGCACCAACCAGUCCAACGACACAGCUGACCUCAAAAACAAGGGCCGCAUCCACAGGAGACCUUCUCGAGUUGCAGGUUGCGCCACAAGGAAGUGACAUGAAGGACUUGCAAAGUAAAGUAUCCGUAGAGCUUGAAGAAACAGGAAAGCUGCUGGGGGAAAUAGGACUGGACCCUGAAGGGGAAAGUAGCCCAGAGAUUCUGCUGGCCACUGCCAUGGAGAAGCUUAGGCAAGCUGACCAGUUCUUGAGAGAAGCCAAGAGUUUUAAAGAGCUUGAGAACAAAGGCAAUAGAACAAGUUGGUGAAUGCAAAAUGCCUGUUUAAUAGAAGAUGCUUGUAAGAUGCAUUGUUUGUUUGUUCUGCUUUUUUUUCAAUACCUGCAAAUAAUCAAGUGCAAUUAUGUCCCCUAUCACUUUUUAUUCCGGACUAAUGCCCAGUUGACUGGCUCGUCUUAAACUUAGAUCAUGGAUUGAACUGUGCCUUCAACUAUGCCUGCAUUUUUAAAGUUCAUUUAUGAGCUAGACCGCAGCAGACUGUGCACAAUGACUUUAAUAGUGGCAACAAAACAAAUAUUAAUGUCACUCAGCGUACGUCAGAGCAAGCAUUGAUGUUUGCUUGUUGCUUAUUGGGGGAGUGGCAUGCUUUACAUAAUUUGUGGACAAUUUCCACUUUUAAUUACAGACGAAUUCUAUUCCUAUUAUAAGCACUCAAAAUUAAGUUGAAAAGCUUUAGAAAUCUGAGAUUAUAGUGUUGCAAAUGUUUCCUCACUGUUUUACUUGAAUUUCGUUCCCAUGUAUCUUGCUAACUGAUCCACCUUACAAGGCAGUUCUGACAUUUUUCAAAAUUUCUACAUAGUUCAAUAUUCAAUCACUUUCGAACAAAGUCAUUCAGAGUGGUUUGAUGUGAAAUGGUUCACGGAUUACUGACAAAAUCUGACUUUCUGCAGUUAUCGGAUUAUUAAGUGCAUGUAAACACACUCAUUGUAAAGUAGCCUGUCAUCCAGGCCUGUCACAAUUAUUACAUAACCAUCUUACCGCAAUUAUUUAACUGACCGCAGUUACUUUCCAUAGUUAGUCCUUUGACAAUCAUUGUAUCACAACAAGCAGAAAAUGGAUUUCAUAAAUACAUAUUAAGUUUUCAUAAAUGCAUAUAAAUUAGAAUUCAGAACUUUUAGCCAACUGUGUUUUGCACACAGAGGAAUUAGACCUCCGCAUUUAACCCAUCCGUGCAGUGAAACACUCACAUACAUGCACAAUAGGGAACACACACACAUUAGGGGCAGUGAGCACACUUGCCCAGAGUGGUGGGCAGCCCUAUCCACGGCGCCCGGGGACCAGUUGGGGCUUAGGUGCCUUGCUCAAGGGCACUUCAGUUACGUACUCCCGGCUCAGGGGAACAAACCGGUGACCUUCCAGCCCACGACUGCCCCAAAUUAUAAAGGCAGGAAAUACAUUCCCUGAGACAAGUUGUCUGUAUUACGAAAACAGCAAAAGUUCUGACUUUGAACUGGGUGCUGUAACACGUUUAGAGGUUUGUUUAUGUCUGUUUAUAGGUAGCUAAGUUGCUAAUGCUAAUUUUAGCACAUAUGCUAGCAGAACAAGUGUUUUUCACCUCAUAUUUAUACAGUUUGGUGAGAAAUGUAAGGUUUUGUUGACUCACACGAUUCUGUUUAACUGUAGACACCAUUUCAUGCCAGCAAAGCUUAGUGUUAGCCACAAAGACAAGAUAGCUAAGAUGGCUAAUCAGCCAUUUUAGCCGCUUAGGCUUGUACUUGGUGCAUAAAGUGAACAGGAAAAGACCAUUAAAUCAUUAAUCGUAACCGUUUACAUUCAUUCUAUGGUCAUGACACGCCUACCGUUCUCUAAAAUGAGUUCGAGACCCCUGUUCAAAGGCAUCAGCUUCCUGUGAGGGAGCUUUUAGAAGCAUUAAGUGGUUCCUGUCACCACCACUGUGACUCAUUUUCUUCUGUUUUUUCUAGAAUGGAGCAUCAAACCAAUUUGAAUGACUUUCUUUCCAUCCUAACGAUUGAAUUCCGCAGAAAUUUUGUGAAAAAUGGGUGGAAUUUUCCAAUUUAAUGCAAAGUGUUGCACAUGCUGGCCCCCAAGCAAAGCCAUGCAAUAAUGAAAGUGUUACUGUAUGUGCUGUCUCGUACUGCCUCGUACUCUCAUGCUUAAAAUAAUGCAGUUAUUCAAGCAGCCUUGUUUACAUGGCUUAUGAAUAGUACACAGGAACUAGCAACUUCCUGUUUGAUUUACCAUGUAGAUCAUUUUUUUAUGCAUUUUACAGUUUGGGCAGAGAGAGACGCGCUAUUUCCACAUGUUGUAAAUAAAUUUUAUUUUGUACUGAUACACUUUUGUAUUAAUUCCUUAAUUAAUUUCUUUUUUAUAUGGUUAGAAUGUCAGUCGUGCUGGACUAACCUCAUUGUCCAAUCUUUGUUGUUGUUAUUUGUUUUUAAUGUAGGACAAGUACACACUCUAAGUGUUUCCAGAUUUAAGAUUUAGAACAAAUAUCAAACUAAAGAUGUUAAAAAUAACAGGAUUUAACCCAAUUUGUACGCUAGUACUGGUAGCAUGUAAAAUGCUUUUUUAUUUUUAAGAAAAUAUGAAUAGAUCACAGUGACACAGUAAAUACCCCCAAGCUGUGAGUUCAGUGUAAAAGUGUACUUAUCUAAGCCUUUCUGAAAAUAGCACCUGUAGUAAUUUUCCAGGUUCCCUUUUCCACUCGCAUUGUAUGGUUCAUUAAUUUUGCAAAUGUUUUUGCUUGGUUUUCAUUAUCAUGUUUAAAUAUGAACUUGUAAAUAACAUGUCUACCAAUGAAGUGCUUAAUAUUUAAGUUAUUAAUAAUUCUGACAUUCUGGUCCAUGUGCUGUUCCUAAUAUCAAAUUUAGAUAGAGACCCCAUUGUGCUGAGCUGAUAACUGAUGUUUAUUGUCAAAGCUGAAUGGAGAUCUAUGACUUUAUUCUGUAAUAUAUUAUUUGCGUUCACUAACUGGACUAAUGCGUUUUCUAAAUGCCUACUGAAUGUGCAGGAGAGAAAUAACACAUUGCUUGCUAAGCGUGUAUUAAUAAAAAAAUGUCCUCCAUA